CCUCACAGACGCUCACUACCUGACAACAUGAAGCUUAUCGUGAUCUUGGCUAUAGUGGCUGUGGCGGUGGCCGACAAGCUACCUGUCUCUCCUGUACUCAUCCUCCACAGUCAACAGACCAACCCAGACGCUGCUGGUGCCCACAGUGCUGAAUUUGAGAGCGAGGACGGCAUUAAAGUUCAGGUUUCUGGUUCUCAGGGUCCCACUGGAGGUUCCAACUUAAUUGGCUCAUACAGCUACCCCCUGGAGGAUGGCAGUAUUGCAUCAGUAAAGUAUGUGGCUGACGAGAACGGCUUCCAACCACAGUCCGACCUGCUUCCCGUGGCUCCUGAAUUCCCCCACGAAAUCCCUGAGUUCGUCCUCGAACAGAUCGCCUUCGCCGAGGAGGAGAGGAAGCGCGAGGAACGAGAGGGACGAUUAUGAAGCAUUUAAAUUUUUCAUGCUCUCUGAAUCUAAUGUUAAAGUACAGUUUUCUCUUCAUCUGAACUUUCUCUAUGUACAGACAUUAUAAUGCCCAGUGUCAUUCAUAUUUAUACAUGUAUUUAUAAACACUGAAUUUCCAUGUAAAUAAAGCAUCUGCAUAUUA